UAGCGGAUUCCGAGGAGCAAAAUGUCAGCACCGGGCUCAGUCCGAGCAGCAACGUUCUCGGGGAGUCCAACAAGGGGAACAUUCUUUCGGGCUCCAACGCUGGCGGUGCUGGCGUCGAUGCCGCGGGGAAGCAAGCGCGUCGCGCGCGAUUCUCGGAGAAAUUCGUCGAGGCGCGGACGCGCGAGUUAAUCGACGUGCUGGACAGCCUCCGCACCGCGGGAGAGGCGAAUCUCGAGUCUCUCGCGCUGAGCAACGAAAGCAUCCGGGAGGACGGCGUGGAUUGCGGCGACGACCGACAAUGGCGGUUGAAGGAGGAGGGGAAGGAGCACCGCGUGUUGUACCGCAAGGGUCCUGAGGGCACGCCACUGCACGAGAUCUGCCUCGAAGGAAUCAUCCACGGCCCGCUUGACACGUUGUUGGCUGUGGUGUGGGAAGUCCCGUUUUUCAAGGACUGGUGGCCUCAGUUCAGCGUGCCGCCCUUCAAGGUGCUAGAGUCCAAAUUUGCCCACCGCAUCGCACCGGGCCUAGAGCUCAGCUACCUGCAGUUCAAGUCACCAUGGCCCUUUGCCACGCGAGAGCUGCUCUUUUUCGCCUUCAUGGUUCACGACACAGCCACGGGCCUCUUUGUGGCCUCCGUGCACUCGCCACCAGACGACAUAUCACACAUGGACCCAGAGACAGCACCUCUGCACCCAUCCGCCAUGCCCGCUGUGGCGCCGGGCUGUGUGCGCAUGACUGUGGGCGGCGGCUUUGCAGGCCAGGACCUGGGGGGCGGCCGCUGCUACUUCCGCGGUGCGUGCACGCUGGACAUGAAGUUCGACCUCAUGCCCCCGUGGCUCAUCAACGCCACCACGCCUUCCCUUGUCGCCUCCCAUGCUACCCCCCUCUCCCCCCCUCCCCCCCACAGCGGAGCAUGCACGCUGGACAUGAAGUUCGACCUCAUGCCCCCGUGGCUCAUCAAUUUCGUUGCCCGGCAGCUAGCCGGCACUGGUUACCACCUGCUCUGUCACGAGGUAGACACAAUCGUCAAAGCCGCGGCCGCUGCUGCUACUGUGAACAAGUGUGAUAAGAAGAAGGGGCGCGGGGCGUUUCAACAGCUCUUAGCCUCUGAUCCGGCGAUUCUAUUUGUACGUGCGCGUGCAGCGGCAGCAGCAGCAGCAGAAGCGGGUCCUUCAGAUCCACAAGGCGAUGCCAAGCAUGAGAAACAUGUCACAAGCAUGACUGCUGCAACUGGGACGAAGAGAGAAGCCUUCAGUUGCUCACCUUCACAGCAGGAUGGUUUCCAAGAGGAGGUGGUGCUGGGUGAUGGGGAGACAGGGAACAAUGCACUCUCAAGCAGUUCUGUUGGGCCGGUCAAGUCUGCCGCUCGGCCUGUCACGGUUACAGGAGAGUCGGGUGGGAGUGACGAAGAUACUGCACUGGGAUGCUUAGACAAUGCCAUGGCGCUAGCAGAAGGCAUCGACCUACUCGAUCAGGCGCUCGAGGAGCCCACGUGGAAGGACCUCGAUAAAGUCACGGCUCUUAUAAGCAAGCAGCUGGACGUGAAAAAUGGGUCAGCAGCAGGAGCAGCGGGAGCAGGUGGAUCGAGCAACAGCGUGGCGGACUAUUGGGCAGCGGAGACCGUUAAGCUCUUGGAGGAUCUUAAGAGUGUCAGCGUGGAGGCUCUCGCUACUACCGAUCCUGCGGACCGCAAUGCGUGGAAGAUGUGCGAGGAGGGUCCGGAGCACCGCGCGAUGCUGCGCAAGGGCCCGGAAGGCACGGCGAUAAACGCGCUGUGCAUGGAGGGGCGCAUCGACAGCCCCGUGCACGCCGCCGUCGCCAUGACGCGCGACGCGGGGUUCUUCAAGGAGUGGUGGCCGCAGGGCGACAUGCCCGUCUACAGAAUCGUCGAGAACCGGUACCUCGCGCGCGUCGGCGACGGCUUCGAUAUCACUUAUAUGAAGUUCAAGGUGCCGUGGCCGUUCCCGUGGCAGGAGUUCGCGAUGAUCUUCUUUACCAUUUACGACUCGGACACGGGCGUUGCCACCACUGUCGUCCGCACGCUUCCAGAGGACAACAGCGAAAUCGACGCAUCCAUUCACGGGUUUUCCCGCGACAUGGCGCCGCCAGUCCCCUCGGGAAUGGUCCGCAUGGCCAUCAACGGCGGAUUCUCCAUCAAAGAUCUCGGCCGUUCACGCUGCCACUUCCGGUCGAUCUUCACCUGCGAUCUGAAGCUCCCGGCCAUGGUGGUUAACUUCGUUACCAAGGAGUUCGGAGGGGUGCUGUUCAAUUUGUUUAGGAAAGAGGUUGAGACGGACUUGGCAGAUGAGGGGCAAAAGGGGGUGGAGUUUAGGAAGGUUCUGAAGGAAGAGAAGCUGUAUGGCCGGAUUGAAGCGGCUAUGGACGAGUACCGGGCAAAGGCGGCCGGAGGAUUGGGGAUGGGUGAAAAUGGGUUGGGAGAGACGGGGGUGGAGGGAGAGGAAGGCGAGGAGGUGGAGGAGGAAAAGAAGGUGCUGGUGGCAACAGCGUCGUUUGUGGAAGGGGCUCCCACGGAGGCGCACAGGUCUGCCAUGGCAGCUGCAUCAGCAGCAGCAGCAACAGCAGCAGCGGCAAGAGUGACUCACACGAAUGGAGGGGAGGAGGAGGAGGAGGAGGAAGAGGUAUUCGAGGACGCAGAGGAUCAGCUGCUGGUUACCCUGGACGAUUCAGAACCUGCUUCGUACCCGCACCAGCAGAAGCACCCUCAUCCUCCCGUUCCUCCUGCGUACGCCCCGUUCUCAUCCCAAGACCCGGCUAUCGCCGCAGCCUUUGCUGCCGCAGCCGCGCUGGCAGGCGCAGGUGGGACUGGUGCAGGUGGUAACCCCGUGGCUGGGUCUGCUAGCUCCGGUGCUGCCGAGCCUGCUCUGACCCCGGACGUGCUCCAAGCCAUGGCAACCCUAGAGCAGGCGCUAGAGUCGCUGCGAGCCCGAACCUCUGCUGCGCUCUCUGCUGCUGCUCACGCCGGCGGACCAGGAGGAGGGAUGUUCCCAGGACAGUAUGGUCACGCCUAUCCUCCUCCCCCCCUCCCUGCCUAUGGUGCUGUGCCCGGGUAUGGGCCAGUGGUGGGGGGGAAGGGUGGGAGGUUUGUGGGUGCUCCUGUGGGGAAUCCUCCGCUGCUGCCGUAUUAUACCGCCCCGUUCCCGCCCAAUGAGAUGCAGCGGUUUGCCGGGCCGGUUCCUGUGGUUGGGAGGAUGGACGGGUAUGGAAGGGUUUCCGGGCGGCGAGCGAACGGAGCGAGAGGGGGAGGUGGGAGGUAUAAGGGCGAGGGAGGAGUGAUGGUUGCGCCUGGGAAGGGGGGAAUGGGGGGAAUGAGCGGAAGGGGAGGAGGAGAGGGGGGAGGAGGGGGGAAGAUGAGCCGGAAUGGGAAGCAGCAGCCUCCGUUCCAUCCCUCGCAGCAGCAGAUGAUGGUUUCGGGAAAAGCAGGUGCAGGAACAGGGAAGGUUGCUACAGCAGAAGCUCCUGCUACAGCCGCUGCUGCUCCUCCUGCUACAGGCUCAACCCUCUGGUCGGCAGCUUCAGCCCUGUUUGGGCUUGCCACGUGUUGCACUGCCACUGGCCUGAGAAACGCCGAGGCAGCAGGGUACAUUCUGCCUGAAGAGCUGCCGUCCGAGAGGUGGCGUGAUGAUGUUGAGGAUGACUAUAACGAGUAUGAUUCUGAGGAGGAUGAGGAUGAGGGGUAUUAUGAGGGGUACGGAGGUGGUAUAAAUGGUGUUCCUGGGGGUUAUGGAAAUGGAGGGUAUGGGAAUGGGGCGUAUGGCCCUGGUGCUUAUGGGGAUGGUGGUUAUGGAGGAAACAGUGGAGGUAGAUUAGUGGAUGAAAGGCAGGUGUGGAGAGGAAGAGCCAUGGUUGGAAGCGGAGGGGGGGGUGGCGGAGGCCGUGAGUGGCGCCCGCGGGGGGGCGGCGGCGGAGGCCGCGGACGUGGAGGCGGAAGGAGGGGUGGCGGGGGGGCGUAUGUAGGAGACAGUUGGGGGGAUGGCGCGGGGACAGGCAGAGGGGGAACAGGCGGAGGGGGAAGAGGCGGAAGGGGUGACGGGGACGCGUCAGGCUGGGGUGGCGGAGGGAGAGGGGGGCGGGGCGGAGGCGGCGGAAGGCAUGGGGGAGGGGAUCAGCGCGGCUGGUGGGGGGACGGCGGAGGCGGAAGGCACGGACGGGGAGGCGGGUUUGGCGGAAGAUGGGGCGGGGGGGGCGGACGAGGGGGAAGGAAUUAUCAGCAGCAGGCAGAGCAGCAGCAGGGGGAGCAGCAGGCGGAGCAGCAGCAGGGGGAGCAGCAAGCGGAGCAGCAGCAGGGGGAGCAGCAAGCGGAGCAGCAGCAGGGGGAGCAGCAAGCGGAGCAGCAGCAGGGGGAGCAGCAAGCGGAGCAGCAGGCUCAUCACUCAGCGCACGGGCAGCAAAUCCAACAAUCUCAGCUGGUUGACGGGCAGAAUUUGGAUGCGACGGGCAGUGCCGGAAUUUUAGGAUCUGCCCCACUUGCUCCCUCAGUGCCCCCUGGAUUUGAGAAGCGGACCAAUCUAGUAGAAUCAACAGCUGCUACAGUCGCUGCUACAUCUGCUACACCCCCUGCAGCAGCCGCUGUUACAGCUGCUACAGCUGGUUCGUCUGGCCUCGCAGUCCCUCCCGGUUUCGGGCCCUCCCCUUCCCAACCAUCCGCUUCCGCCUCUCCCGCUUUUCCGCCAGCUCCGGAGGAGGAGGAGGAGCCGUUUUUGUCGUAUCUGCCACAGGAUGAGAUUCUGGCAGGUGGAGUAAGCAGGAUGGGAGGUUUGGACGGAAGCUUGGAGGGAGGUUCGGAGGGAGGCUUGGUGGGAGGCUCGGCAGCAGGUCUGGCAGGGGUGGAUUCGGGCGAUACUCAAAAGAUGGUUGAUCGGACGGUGGAGAGGCUUCGAGAGAUGCUGAGAUUGCCAGCUAAGCAGUUCUGGAGAACAGUUGCCCGCUCGCCCUCACUCGUGGCCUUCCUCGACUCGUACCUCCGCUUCCGGUCCCGUUGUCGACUCAAAACUAGGCGCAAACCUCCUUCUCUUUUCCAUCUCCCUUCUUGUUCCCCCACACGCCCUCCAUCCACUCCACCCUCUCCGUCCUACCCAGACCUCCUUCUCUCCAUGCGUCUGUUCGAUGCGCCCAAGCUCAUGGACGUGGCUGCUGUCUUUAGAAUGACAAACUCUGUCUCUUUUCCAUCUGCCCUCCUUCUUCCCCUGCACUUCCCCCUUCCACCUCCACUCCACCCUCUCCGUCCUACCCAGACCUCCUUCUCUCCAUGCGCCUCUUUGAUGCACCCAAGCUCAUGGACGUGGCUGCUGCUGUCUUUGGGAAGGCCACCUGCCUCUCUUACCCUCUCUCCCCUCUUCUACAUCUCUCUCUCCCCUACCACCUCAACCCUCUCUUCCCUUCCCUCAGACCUCCUCCUCUCCAUGCGCCUCUUUGAUGCGCCCAAGCUCAUGGACGUGUGUCGGGUGCUGGUCUCUCAGCCUCUCUUCCGAGCUGAUCUCUCGUCUUCUCUACUUCAACUGCUGCGGGUGGUUGAAGAGAUGGUGACAAGGGCGUGUGGGCGGAUGGAGGAGCCAGCUUCUGCCUCUGAGAUUAUUGAAGCCCUCCAAUACCUCUGUGACUUCGCCUUCUCUCUCGACGCGCUGUUUGAUGCCUACCCGCCUGCCCCGCUACUCCUCCUGCAAGCAACCACAGCAACAACAACGAGAACAGCACCUACAAGGAAAUCGAAACAAGGCACAGCAGCAGCAGCAGCAGCAGCACCAGCAGCAAGUUCUCCUGUGCGGCUUCUCUCUGUGUUGGCUCAAAUUCGCGACUCAUUUCUCCCUCUGCUCCUCCUCCUCGCCUCCUCCAACUCCUCGUUAUCAGCAAAGCGAACACCGAUGCAGUCAGCAGCAACGGUGAAUGUUCAGGGGAAGAUUCUUCAAACGAAGCUGGAGGAAGUUGCGUGGAAGUAUCUCUGGGGCGCGUAUCUUGGAGGAAGGGGGUGUGCUCGUGCUGCUGCUGCUGCUGCUGCUGCUGCUGCUGUUGCUGGUGGUGGUGGUACUGGUGGUGAUAAUACUGCUGGUGGUGAUAGGACUAGCAGGAGCAGGGGUAGCAGAAAUAGAGGCAGCAACAGUGGUAGCAGCAGUGAUGGUUUGCCACCCUGCCCUGUGUGUGAUUGUGGAGUCAAGCCGGGCAGGGGAAAACAAUCUGGGUGCCCGUUGUGGGACGGGCUGCUUGGCCAGAAAAUGAAUUUCGGGCAGGUGCUGCUCGAAGAGAUUCUUGCGGUGCAUGGAGUGAGCUCGGGCAGCACGGGCAGCAAAGAUGUGGAUGGCGUGGCGUGGAUCCCUCUGCUUCGGGCAGUUGAUGCUUCUUUUGGUCUUCGGUCAGCAAUCUAUGAAGAGAAAAUGAAAGGCAAGCUUCCCCUCGACAACACACAGUUCGAUACAAUCUCCGACAUAAUCGGCCCUCCAAUCACCCUGCCACCACCCCUCACUUCUGUUUUCGUUUUGUUUUCUUCCGUCUUUCCUGCAGGCAAGCUUCCCCUGGAUAACACGCAGUUCGAUACGAUCUCGGACAUAAUAGGCCCUCCAAUCACCCUGCCACCACCCCUCACUUCCUCCUCCUCCUCUGACCCAUCCACUACCAGCAACACCACAGCAGCGAACCACCCCCCUUCAGCAGAAGACUUCCCCUCCCUCACUCCCUCCCUCUCUGCCUCCGCUGAUGCUGAGUCAGCAGCCCUCGAGCAAUCCAAGAUCUCGCUCGUGCGAGAUAUUUUCCCGGAUUUCGGGGAGGGCUUUGUGGGUGCGUGUUUGGAGGCGUAUGGGGGGGAUGCAGAGGCGGUGAUUCAGCAUGUACUGGAGGGGAGUUUACACCCGGAUUUAGCUAAGUUAGACACUCAGCUGAAGGUGAAGCCAGGGAAGGCUGGUGCGGGUGGUAAGGGGGAUGCUGCUGCUGCUUCUGGUGCUGUUGGUGCUGCUGGUGCUGUUAGUGCAGCUGGUGGUGGUGCUGCAAGUGGGGCAGCAGGUAAAGGAAAGGGCAAGGCAGUGGUUGCAGAGGGAGGAGAGGAGGACGAGGAGGAUGAGGAAGGGGGUGCAAGGGGGUGGGGAGGGGUUGUGGACCAGCAGAGAGAGGUGGAGAGGAAGCUGAGAGGAGAAGGGUCCAGUGCGGUUGGGGAGGGUGGGAGCUCGUGGGCAGGCAUUGCAAAAACUACCACCACACCCACUACAGCCCCUGCUACAGCCGCUGCUACAGCCGCUGCCUCUGCUGCUGCUCCUGCUGGUAGGUUCGUCCGGAGCAAGAGGGAGGAUGAGUCGGUGGAAGAGGAGGUUUGGAAGCGAGGUUCGGCAGCAGGCACGGGGAGCAGGAGGGAGCAGGAGGCAGUGAAGCGGUUUGUGUUUGAGUCGCAGUUUGAGUACGACGAUGAGUAUGACGACUCAUUUGAUGAGCUGGAAGGGUAUGACGUGGCAGGAGGUGCGGGGAGCAGUGAGGUUGAGGAGGUGGGGACGAGGUUUGCUGCACGCGCUGCUGCUGGUGGUGCUGGUGGUGCUGGUGGUGCUGCUGGUGCUGGUGGUGCUGUUGGUGCUGGUUUGAAGGGGCAGCAGGUGCAGCAGCAGGGGUUGGUGCAAGCACAAGCGCAGUCACAGUCACAGUCACAGCAAGCCCAAGCGCAGGCCCAGGCCCAAGGACCCCAGUUCUAUGUGAAAGACGGCAAGAACUACAGCUACAAGGUUAAGGGCUCCGUGGCCGUCGGAUCGGCGGCACAAGCGGCUGAGAUGAAGCGAAUCGAGGCGGGGCUGAUUCAUGGGCUGGGGGAAGGUGGUAACCGUGCAGCAUGGGGGGGAGCAGAGGAGGAGGAAGAGGUGGAGGAGGAGGAGGAGGAGGAGGAGGAGGAAGAGGGGGAGGGUGGGUCAGGCGGAGGGGGGUUAGGGGCGAGUGGUGGAGGGUUGGGAGGAGGAAGGGGAGGAAUUGGGCCAGGAGGUGGGGGGAGAGGUUGGAGAGGAGGGAGAGGAGGAAGAGGAGGAGGUGGGGGAGGGCGGGGAGGAGGGGGAAGGGGAGGGAGAGCUGGGAGGGGAGGGGGGAGGGGAGGGGGAAGUGGAAGAGGGUGGGGUGGUCAGGAAGGUUCUGGGAGCCGUGGUGAUGGUGCUGCUGCUGCUGCUGGCGGUGGCAGUGGCAGUAGUGGAGGGGGAGGAAGAGGACAGUCAUCUUCUGCAGGUGGAUCCAGGGGAGGUUCAUCUGGUGGCUCUGGGGGAGGUUCUUUCGCCAGGCCCACAGCCGCGUCUACCACUAGUUCUAAACAUGUGUCAUCUGGUGCUGCUGUUGGUGCCGCUGCUAGAGGUGCCGGUGGUGCUGCUGGCUCUGCUGCUGGCAGUGCAGGUGCAGGUGCUGGUGACAUGGGCAAGAAAGAACGGAAACCGUCUCAAAAAGCAGGCCCGGGUUAUGGUGGGUUUCGUGGGGGUCGUUAA